AACAAACUUAAGAAGGGCUAUUGCCUUGCGAAUUCGCUUCUUGCUCCAGUGCUCCGACAAGAUGCCGAUUUCUGUGGUUAGGGCAAUAAAAAUUAUCGAUCAACACCUCUCUGCAAAAAAGAGACUUGAUGAUAACACAGCAAGGAAUGAAUCAUCUCAACUCCCUCCAGUAGAAAAUGUUCGAGUGAAAGGAGCGAUAUGCGCACGGAACUCUCGCGAGAUGGAGCCGCGCUUAACCCUCCCGGCGUUUUGCGUCGAAUGGCAGGGGGGGCCAUCCCCUAUUGCUAGCAACCAGAGCUCAUCCAAACGCUCUGCCGCAGAGAUUUUGAGGUUUCGGCGAGAUCGGUCUGAUCAAGCGGACGCGCAGGACGAUGCCGAUUUCGAGUUCCCUUCCCACUCUGGUGGAACUUCCUCGCAGAGCCCCUCAAAUGACCUCGUCGUCAAGGCUUCGGAUAAUCUUUCCGGAUCACAAAAGUCAAAGGCUUUGAUAGAUAAAAAUAGACUCUGCCAAAAAUGUGUUCAACACUACCCGCGUGGGGCCUUAGGUCUUCGGGAGAGUCCCUACGGGGAUCCAGGUUUCGUUUACACUGCUCUGUCGCGGCAUUAUAUGAAGGAGUCUCGUCGGAUCCGUGGGUAUACGGACUAUAUUCCUGUCGAUCACCUACGCGGUGGAGUGCUGCUCCCGGAACAGCCAAGACAGGGCGUUAUUGCAGAACAUGUUAGUCGACUUCCAUUGGAUCAUAUGUUAGGUGGGGUGAUUCUCCCAGACGCCUGA